AUGGCAACAUUAGGAAAGUGUAAAAAGUGUGGAGUUAGAGUCUAUGAUUUGGAAGGUGUCACAGCCGCCAAAGCCUGUUGGCAUAAGAUGUGUUUCAAAUGUGAAACAUGUAACUGGCAAUUGACUUUGACCAACUACAAAUGUAUUAAUGAUAAAGUAUACUGUAAGAACCAUUAUCCAGUUACUGGUUUUGGAACUGAUCACAUUAUUGGAACACAAUCAACUGAUUCCCUUGGUCUUGCCAAUCCAAUCAAUGCACCAAAGUUAGAUACUGUUAAUCAACAAGUUAGAGGUGACUCUGGUAAGACUCAAGUCGGUUUGGACAGCAUGCACAUCUCCAAGCCAGUCAAUGCACCAAAGUUGGACACUGUCAACGAUCAAGUCAGAGGUGAUGGUGGUAAGACUCAAGUUGGAUUGGACAGCAUUCACAUCGCCAAACCAGUAAGUGCACCAAAGUUGGACACUGUCAAUGACCAAGUUAGAGGUGACGGUGGUAAGACUCAAGUCGGUUUGGACAGUAUUCACAUCGCCAAGCCAUUGGAUGCACCAAAGCUUGAUGGAGUCAUGCAUCAAGUUAGAUAA